AUGCUGCGCUUUGUAGUCGUUGGAGGGAGCAUCGCAGGCGUCGCUUGCGCAUAUGCUCUACAAGAAGUGGGCCAUCAAGUAUUGGUUGUGGAGCGGGGCGACGGGAGAUGUAAUAGUCACGGCGGAAUACGGUGUCCACCAAAUAUGACGCGCCUGCUGAAUCAUUGGGGACUCGGUCCUGCAAUCGCCAGGGUUUCAAUAAAAGCUAACAGGUUUACAUUCAGGGAUGGGAAAUCCGGGGAAGAACUCGGCCCUCUCGUACUGCACGAGAAGCUUAUGAAGGCAUUGGCGGCGGAUUUUCUAUAUAUGCAGCAUGGAGCAUUGCACGCGAUGUUCGUCGAGUUUGCCAAGAAUGCCGGCGUUCAAUUCCGGUAUAACACGGAAGUCGUUUCGGUCGAUCCGUGGAAGGGCGUGGUGAUCACGCGCAAGGGUGCUAAAUUGUCUGCGGACGUGAUUAUUGGUGCGGAUGGUUACAGGAGCGUCGUUCGUCCUGUGGUGGUUGGUCCUGAAGGAAUCAAAGGCGUUAUGGAUAAGCGCGUAUCGGUGAACAUCACCGUGCCCGCAGACCUGAUGCGCCCACACAAGGAUCUUUUUCAAUUAACGGUCUCACCAGAGUGGUCACUAUGGCUGGGCGAUGAUUGCGCGAUGCAUGGGCUACUCACCUCAUUCAAACAAGAAUAUGCCAUAGUCAUGCAUGUUCCUACGAAUGGAAAACCAACACAAGACUCAUGGGCACGGUCACAACCUUUGGAUGAGAAGUUUUUGAAGCUGGACCGCUUUGAACCUAAAAUACAAAAGCUAGUACGAUUUGCGCAGACCAUGACUCCAACUAGCCAUACUAUCUACGAACCCUUUGAUAACUGGGUUCAUGAAAGUGGAAGAGUAGUGCUAGUUGGUGAGGCCGCCCACCCAUUGAUGCCCAACGGGUCACAUAACGCUGCAAUGUCGAUAGAGGAUGCCAUGACACUAUCGACUCUCUUCUCUCUCCCAGCUGCUAAAUCACAUACCUCCGUUCUCCUUUCCGCUUACGAAGAGCUGCGGCAGCCACGUUGCGCCGCAACGCAAGCUUCGGAACUACGGAAACGAGAUUUCGUAUGCUUGCCCUUCGGUCCUGAACAGCAAGCUCGCGAUGACGGUUUACGAGAUGCGAGAGCGCGUGCGUUGCUUGACUGGGACGACGCAGAAGAAGAGUUUUUGCGUGACACAUGGGAAGAGUAUAUCGACCUAUUCGCUUUUGACGCUCGGGAAGCGGUGGAGGAUUGGUGGACGAAAUGGGGGCGGCUAUAUUGUACCCGGAGGUGCCAGCAUCCUGAAUAG